AUGCAUAGGACACCUCCCAAAACCUCCAAACCGCCAGCGGUCAAGGCGAAAACCGCCAAACCACAAGCCACGUCAAGUAAGACUGUCAAAACAACAGCAACGACAUCACCGUCGCCAUCAAAAAUAUCAAUGCCAUCACCUCUAGCCCUACCCCUACCCCCUAAUAUAACAAAAUUAAUUAGAGAAAAAUCAGAAAUCUUACCUCCCAAAGAAGUACUAGAUGACAGAGCAGAAGAAACAUUA